AUAUUAACGCUCUCCCCGCCUAAAACCCUAAUUGGGAGCUUUCGCCUUCAUGUGCCUUUAAACCACCAAAAGGGGGGAAAAACGAAAAAAAUGGGAGGAAACAAGGAGAAAUCUCAAGGAUUAGGGCGCUCAUUAAUCCGCCAUCACAACCAAUUAGUUCAGCAAUCAAAAGACCGGGGCAAAGCCCUCAGGCAACAGCGGCGCAUUUUAGAGUCCAUCACCGACGUCACCGACAUCGACGCCGUCAUCGAGCAGGCCGAGGAGGCUGACCGCGUUUACACUGUCGAUAACCCUGACCCAAAUCUCCUUGUUAAUCUGGAUUUGGAUGGGGUAUUGUCGGUGGAGGAGAGGAGGGAGGAGCAGAGGGAAGAGGAGGCUCUACACGCUGGCAGUCUCCGAGUUCCUCGAAGGCCGCCAUGGAAUGCUAGCAUGUCACUAGAGGAGUUUGACGCUAAUGAGAGGCAGGAGUUCUUAGUUUGGCGGAGAAAUCUCGCAAAGCUCGAGGAGAAUGACAAACUUGUUCUUACUCCUUUUGAAAAGAAUCUGGACAUAUGGAGACAGCUUUGGCGAGUACUUGAACGAAGUGAUCUGUUGGUGAUGGUUGUCGAUGCUCGGGAUCCAUUAUUUUACCGAUGUCCUGAUCUUGAGGCAUAUGCACAAGAAAUUGAUGAGCAAAAGAAAACUUUGCUUCUUGUUAACAAGGCAGAUCUAUUGCCAUUCACUGUGAGACAAAAAUGGGCAAACUACUUCACUUCCCAUGGAAUUCUCUAUCUAUUUUGGUCUGCAAAAGCUGCCUCUGCUUCGCGCGAAGGCAAAGAGCUGACCAAUCACUGGGAAGAAGAAAAGCUAGCAAAAGAAUCAGAUUCAGAUACUAAAAUCUAUAACAGGGACGAGGUCCUGGCUAGGUUGCAAACUGAAGCAGAGGCAAUUGCAUCCUCUAGAAAAACUUCAACCAACAACGAAACUCAUGUUGUUGUGGGUUUUGUUGGUUAUCCUAAUGUUGGCAAGAGCUCUACAAUCAACGCUUUGGUCGGUGGAAAAAGGACUGGAGUCACCUCAACCCCUGGAAAAACAAAGCAUUUUCAAACCCUAUUUAUCUCAAAUGAACUCAUGCUCUGUGAUUGCCCCGGUUUAGUUUUCCCUUCAUUCUCCAGUUCCAGAUAUGAAAUGAUUGCAGCAGGAGUAUUGCCAAUUGAUAGAAUGACUGAGCACAGAGAAGCAGUUCAAGUUGUUUGCAAUCGAGUCCCAAGGCAAGUUCUUGAAAGCAUAUAUAACAUUACUUUGCCAAAGCCAAAAUCAUUUGAAAUGCAGAAAAGACCACCAUUGGCUUCAGAGCUUCUGAGAGCUUACUGCUCUUCUCGUGGCCAUGUGAGCUCGAGUGGGCUUCCAGACGAAACUAGGUCUGCUCGCCAAAUCCUAAAAGAUUAUAUUGAUGGAAAAAUCCCACACUUUGAAAUGCCUCCAGGAACAAUCAAUGAGGAAUUGGAUGUUUCUAGUGAUUGUGAGGAACUGGGUUUUUCUAAUUUUGGAGAAAAACCAAGCAUUGAGCGGGCGUUGGAUGAUCUUGAAUCCUUUGAUUUGGCUGGUGGGGUUUUGGUGAAAACUGGUGUUGGAGCUAAGAAGAAAAAUGUGACGGCGAGUUAUAAGCAUCAUAAGAAGCCUCAGAGGAAGAAGGACCGGUCGUGGAGAGUUGGUAAUGAUAAUGGUGAAGGGAUGCCUGUGCUUAGAGUUUUUCAGAAGCCGGCUGUGAGUUUUGAUGCUGUAAGAGCUGCUGCCAAUUGAACUGAGGAUGCGUUGUCAUCUCUUCGAUCAUAGAUAAUUGCAGUAUAUUGGUUGAAUUUUGUCGUGGCCUAUUUUACUAGUAUCAUUUUUGAGGAAUAGUAGUUCGCUACCAAGUCCUUUGUAUUAUCAUCAGUGUAUUGUCUAGUCAUUAUUGUUGUCGUGUCAGGAUCCGGAUUUACUGUGAUGCUUCACGAAUUUACUGCACAUGGUCAUUUGCAUGCA